ACGAGGCAGUGAGGAAGAAAGUCAGAUCACAUACUCCACAAGCCAGUCCUCCCAAGUUUGUCUCUAUGGAGGAGCUGAUGGAGACGGCCAAGGGUGUCACCAACUUGGCUUUGGCUCACGAGAUAAUGGUCAACCAGGCGUUUCAGGUCAAACCUGCAGAACUUCCUGAAGGAAGUCUGGAGCACAGAGUGAAGGAGAUAAUGCACAGAGCAUUCUGGGAUUGUUUGGAAGCGCAGUUGCAUGAGGAUCCACCGUCUUAUGGACACGCCAUUAAAAUUCUGGCUGAGAUCAAAGAGACUCUUCUGUCUUAUCUGCUCCCGGGCCACGGCCGUCAGAGAACCCGCAUCGAGGAGGUCCUGGACCUGUCUCUAAUCCAGCAGCAGGCUGAAAAUGGAGCUCUGGACAUUGGUCAACUGUCCCAGUUCAUCAUUGGGAUGAUGGGGUCACUGUGCGCCCCCUGCAGGGAUAAGGACAUCAACAAGCUGAAGGAGAUCACAGACAUUGUGUUGCUGCUAAAGAAGAUAUUUUCAGUCCUGGACCUGAUGAAGGUGGAUAUGGCAAACUUUGCACUGUGCAGCAUUAGGCCUCACUUGAUGCAGCAGUCAGUCGAGUAUGAGAGAAACAAAUUCCAGGAGUUUCUGGACAAACAACCAAAUGCGUUAGACUUCACUGAGAAGUGGUUGGAGGACACAGUGAAUUACCUGAGGGAGUCGAACCAGGACGGUGCCACGUCGUCUAACGCGUCUCCUCUGCUCUCACUGAAUGUCCAUAAUUAUGCAUAUCUACGCCUGCUUAAGUGGGACCAUGCCUCGGCCCCCUUCCCAGAGACAGUUUUGAUGGAUCAGGUUCGGUUCCAGGAGAUGCAGCAGGAGGCAGAACGUUUGGUCCUGCUCUCCUCCCUCCUCCUCAUCGUCUACACUACAACAGGAGAAGCCAUCUCAGGCCUGCCAGGGCUGAUGGAGAGACUCAAAAACACUGUCAACAUCAUGCUCACAGACAUGCAUACACCGUCGUUCAGUGCAGCCGACGCCUUAGCCACCAUCGGAGAGAAACUGUGUGUUGAACUAAGUGAGUGCCUCAGCCAACAUGGCUACUCUCCGUUCUCUGCGGACAAGAAGAGCAUCCUGAAGGGACAGAUCUCCGCCACCAUCCAUCCUGACAACACAGUCCGCAAAGUGAUGGACUCUCGAGUACAGUCCUACCUCCUGGCAUCACUGGAGUCCAGUCAGCACAAGACUCCUCCCUCUCUCCCAGGAGGUCUGGUUCCGGUGUCCAAGGAGCUGAAGGAGCUCACCGUUCAUUUCAGUCGCCUCGUCAACUACAACAAGCUCGUCUUCUCUCCAUUCUACCAAAAGAUUUUCAACAAAAUACUCACACCAGGGGAGACGUCAAGCUCGGAGACUUAGGAACUUAGUGUUUUGAAAAGUUGUCUUUAAUGUCACGUCUGUAUCAUUUAAAAAAAAAAAAUCCCACUGCCUACCAUCCCACAACAACAACUGCUUAUCUGACAGGUAUUAGACCUCGAACCAGUAUUGAUCUCACACUAACACUGUUUUUUGCUUGGUGAGCUGCAGUGUAGGCGUACAGAACUAGAUGCUGCCUGUUUAUCACGCCUUGCCUAUAUGCUAAGCUAACCUAAGCUAAGUGAACUAUGGCUGCAGCGUCAUAUUUACAAAACCUAAAACGGUAUCGAGCUUUUCAUUCAACCCCAAUACAUUAAAACAGUAGUAAUUUGAUGUAGUUCCACCAUUCCACCGCUGGAUGUCAGUAAAGGGUUGUUACAAUUGGGUGACGUUACUGUGUUUCUAUUGGCGAAAGCAACAGACAGAGUUUUUAUUAGUUCUGACUGAAAUAAUCACAUCUUUAAGAAACUUGUCUUUAACCAGUGACUGUCAGAAUUUAGAACUAUUUAAGAAGUAUUUGAAACAAUGUAUUUCACUAACAGACCAGUGUCUAAAGCCCUAAUGACCUUUUGCCUGGUUGUUGAAACCUGUGAACGUCUGAAUAUUUGUACUGGCUCAUGGGGAAUUAAAAGAUUUGCCAUGUUGCAGUGACUGAAACCACAGUGUCCAAGGGUUAGCACUUAGUUCACGCAAAGUUACUUUAGAACGAUGAAUUAAUGGAAUCAAACAGAUGGAAAGUCAGACUGUUCAAAUUGAUUUUUUUUAUUCUCUUGUACUGCAGAGGAUUAUUUAGUUUUUUUUAAAUUAUAUUUAAAUAUUUAAAGUCUCCCAAACAUUUUAAUUUUUAACUAUUUCAUACUUGUACUGAGCUUUGCCCUAAGUUCUGUUUAGGGAUGUCCAAUAUUAAGUUUUUCACCCCUCUGCACACAGAAUAUGUUCUCUAGAGUUCAUAAAAUGUAGAAAGAAUUUUUUUUUUCACCAUGGUGUUCGAGUGAAGGUUCAAAAAGGUUUUGUUUUUUUUUUCAUGCAAAGUAACACGGAGGAAGUUUCUAAAUAUUGCUACUGGGUCUGUUACACCAUGUUGUGCCCUGUUUAAAAAUGGAACAUAAAAUAAAAAAAUUACA